AUGCCUGCUGCUCUCCAUCGACCAGCCGCGCCACCGAGCAGUUCGCUGAACCCGAGUGUGACCCCAAACACGUCUGCGUCGCCCGCGUCCACCACCAAACCCUCUCGUCCUUUGUCUCCCGCCACUGCCCCCUCUGACUCGCAUCCCGCGACUGAGAGCAGUUCUACCACCAACCCCGACACCAUGGCGCCGUCUGUGAACCGGAAAAAGCAGAAGCGGCGGCAGAAGCAGGCUGCCCGCCUCGCCGCCGAGCAGCAGCAGCAGCAACAACAACAGCAACAGCAGCAACAGCAACAGCAGCCGAAUGGGGACGUGUCGACGGGCCCGACGACAGAUCAGGAUGGACAGGCUCGCCGCAGCAGCGGUGAGCAUGCCGAUUCGGAUGUGGAGGAUGCUGAACACCACGACCAGGCCAACCAUCAAGGCCACGAGGGCGAGGACGGUGCCGGCCAGGCUUCCGCCGCGGUGAACGGGAAAGCUCCAGACGGGCAAGAGCCCAAGCCCAAGAAAUCCAAGAAGAAGAAAAAGUCCAAAAAGGACCGCUCAGCCUCGCAGCAGGACGAAAGCUCGACCCCGCUGUCCACCCCUUCCGCAUCGACGAAUCGACAACA